AUGUGGACCAAGUUGGUAAGCUUUCUCUACUUAAGUAUUAACAUUGUUAAUUCUGCCCCUGUAAUUAAUCCUCGUGCAACCCUUCAGCUACCAUCGGAAGAUCCAUUUUAUUCUCCACCAACUGGAUUUGAAGAUGCGGAAGUAGGAACUGUUUUGAGGCUCAAGAAGAUUGACAAUCCUUUCGGAAUAUUCGUUUUUGAAGUAAAUGUUCAGGCAGUUUAUCAGAUUCUUGUCCGUUCAGAAGAUACUUUUCACCAACCUAUCGCUAUUGUUAGUACCCUUUUUAUUCCACAAGAUUCUGAUCCCACGAAGUUGGUAUCCUAUCAAAUUGCUGAAGAUACUGCUUCUGAAAAUUGUGCCCCCUCCUAUGCAAUGCAACUCGAUUCCAGUCCUCUAUCAUGGGUAACACCCCAGUUGGAGUUAUUGUUGUUCUCUGCUGCUCUUGAAGAAGGCUACAAUGUCAUCGUUCCUGACCAUGAAGGGCCAAAAGCAACUUUUGUUGCAGGUUAUCUGGCAGGUUAUGCUGUUUUAAAUUCAAUUAGAGGCGUCUUCAACUCUGGAGCAGUACAAUCCAACUAUUCAGAAGCAGAGAUUGUCCUUUGGGGCUAUUCUGGUGGUGGUUUUGCUUCUGGAUGGGCAGCUUCGCUACAGCCCACAUACGCUCCAGAAUUAAACCUUGUUGGUACUGCUAUGGGAGGAGUUCCUGUGGAUCUUAUUAGCUCGGCAAAGCAUUUGAUGGGUACUGUAUUUGCAGGUUUCGGAAUAUCUGCAAUUGUAGGACUCACUCAUGAAUAUCCUGAAUUGAAGGAACUUGUCAAGGAAUUGGUAUACCCAGAUAAAUAUGAAGAAUACACAUACGUGGAGAAUAUUUGUCUAGCACAGAUUCUUUAUGAAUAUGCUUACAGUACAUUUGAAGAAUAUUCUUCUGAAGGUGAGGGGGUAUAUACGAUUCCACUUGUUGUCAAUAUAACCGAUGAAAAUAAUUUACUGAAGAAUGGAAUGUUUCCCGCAUGUCCAAUAUUGAUAUACUCAAGUGUGAAUGAUGAAAUUAUUCCAAUAAAUGGAACAGAUAUACUUUACGAUUUGUAUUGCAAGAAUGGAGUAAGUGUUGAGUACCGAAAAGAUUCACUUUCGGAGCACAUAAUUACAGCUGUGUCUGGAAGUGGGCUAGCUCUUAAUUUUAUCAAAGAUAGAUUUAAUGGGAUUAAAGCGAAUUCUGAAUGCCAAGUGUCAACAAUAUUAAGCGAUUUUAUAUACCCUGAUUCAUUCCUAGGUUUUGGGGAUAUUAUUAUUUCAAGUUUGGAUAUUUUCCAAGGCAAAGAGUUGGGUCCCAGUAAUAGCAGCUCAUCAUUGUUGGAAUCAAUAGAAACACUACUUAAACGUAAAGAAUGA